GUCUCGUGGAACACGUACAACACGCAGCCAACAAUGAAGGUCUUCAUCGUAGUCUGCGCGCUAGCGGUGUGCGCGUCGGCCACGUUCGAUGAGCUGUUCAGCAAGAAGGACUUCGAUAUCAGCGGCCUGUUCGAUGGGCUGCUAGAGAAGAAGCACUCCAAGGGUGGCCACGGGCCGCCUCCACCGUCCUACCAUCCGCCACCGCGACCAGUCUACGGUCCACCGCCGGUGCACUAUGCCCCGGCACCCGCCUACGGACCACCGGCCCCACCUCCACCGCCGCCGGUCUACGGACCACCGGCCCCACCUCCACCGCCGCCGGUCUACGGACCACCGGCUCCGGUAUACUCCGCUCCAGCACCACCACCACCACCACCACCACCUCCGCCACCACCACCGCGCCCCGUGUACGGACCUCCGGCCCCAGCGUACCACCCACCACCACCGCCACCGCGCCCCGUGUACGGACCUCCGGCUCCGGCGUACCACCCACCACCUCCGCCACCGCGCCCAGUCUAUGGACCUCCUGCACCCCCACCACCACCACCACGUCCGGUGUAUGGACCGCCACCGGCACAAGCAUACCACGCACCACCGCCCGCCCCCGUCCUCUACAGUGCACCGGCCCCACCACCACCACCACCGCCCGCCCCCGUCGUGUACAGUGCACCGGCACCACCACCACCACCACCACCACCACCACCCCCACCAGUGCAGCAAGUCUACCAGCCGGUGCCGCAACCGGAACCGAUCCAGCUGCUGCCACUCCAGAACAACGCGGUCAGCUUCACCGGUGCCAGCUCGGCUUCGGUUGCGUCCGGUUCCGUCACCGAUGAAGGUUACCACUACGGGCCGGGUCUGAGCCACUAGUAGCCCCACUCCCCCCCCCCCCCCCCCCAUUCGGCCAUCUUUCCCACCCCCCCCCCCCCACCCCUUUUGCCAUCCCAUUUCCCCCCAUUCCCCCUAAAUCCUCUUAACGCUCGACGACGACGAUGAUUGUCGCAAAAUACCAAAAGUGUUUUAUGUUUUUACUUUGUUUGUCUUAAAAAAAAAAACAAAAAAAAAAUAUCGUUUGUCGCCGCCACCGCCACCGCCACC